AUGGUUGAGUGGAAGCUAAAAGGCAAAUUGCAUGAGAGUGCUGUUUUGGGCAAAGUCCAUAAGAAGUUUGAAGAAAUCACAGGCAGCAAACAAACGGCCUUUUCGCAAGUACCACCGAGACCACAACAAGCAAAAGUAGAGACGGCGGAACGAGUAGAGACGGCGGAACGAGUAGAGACGGCGGAACGAGUAGAGACAGCGGAACGUCCAUUGAGUUACUGUAAUCUACGUGAUCGUGAAGAUCUCAAAAUGAAUUUUUCAAAGGCAUUAUUGUUUGGUUUGCAAUGGAUUCCAAAGUCGGGGACGCCUGGUAUUAUCAAUGACUCCGGGAAUAAUUCGUUCUGUGUUGGUCUUACGAAGGAGGGUGAAUGUUUCGAAGCGGGUGCAUUGUAUGGCAAUGGGAGAGCAGUUGUCCUUGGCCACAAUGGAUACAUGCUAAAUCCAUCGGUGAGUGGCGACGAGAAUAUAAAGCGACUGAACAGGUUGCUUGUUAACGCUAUCGUCUGGUCCAGCAGCUCGGAAUGUGAUCUCAUAUCGGAAGGCGCCCGUGCUUGUUCAAACGUCUGUGAGCGUAGAAACGAUUUGUUCUCUUACCCCUUUUCUGGUACAAGAAACUGUCAGCAGCAAAUAAUAGUUGGUGCGAUUGGAUACACCAAGGGCAAGUUUGAUUCUGUCAUGAAAGCGGUUGAUUCUAUCGCACCAGGCUUAGUGAAGCCAGGAAUCGUCGUGGGAGGUAGCACCUUAAGUGAUGUAAGCAAAGCAAUUGAGUCAAGGCCUGAUGUCAUACUCUGGACUAAUGGGAACUGGAAAAAUGAAAUCAUUGAUGCCACGUCCAUGACCAUGGACCCGAGGGCCGAAGAUAUAUUGUAUUAUUUGCAUCAAGGAGGAGGUCUGGUUGUUGGACUUUGCCCGUGGGGCUGGGAGUCCCUUGCCAAUAAGAGCGUUGCAAACGAAAGUGUCUUUGGGGCGGUUACGGAUCGAUUCGGUAUUGGAUUCACAAGUGAGUACGCAACGGCCUGGGAAGGGGGAGAUAAAACCUCGGUCGAAUGGAGCAUCGGGAAUUCGACCCUUCCGAACAAGCUAGAGGUCAUGACAAAAUCAGUCGAGGACAUAGCCACUACAACUAACGUUAAUAUUACGGGUUUGAGGCAGCUACUGAAUUCAUACCUCAAUUUCCCCGCUUCGGUGUUCAUGCCCAAGACAAGUCCGACCCGAGCGUACCUGCCGGACAACGACGAGGAGUUCAAGUCUCUUUCUCAAAGAAUCGAGAGUGUAGCAGUAAAUAUCGGUCGACAUUCCCUCUCAUUUCCGGUGGUCUUGGGCAAGAAUGCAAAGACCAUCCCACAAUCAACUGCUGCGGGUAUGCUAUACAUUGCAUGGCUACGUCGAGCUGCUGAAACUCGAUCUCCACAGCAGUUGGAUACUAUAGUGCCUACUGUUGAGACUUUCCCCGGGUCAGUAGGCACAGGACAACGUAACCAAGGUAUGAUAUUUUCGAUUCUGAGCAAUCGUCGACGAUGGCAAUGUACCGGGCUUUAUGCCGCACCUGGCGAACCUCUCACGAUCACCAUUUCUGACCAAUCCUUAAAGCAGUUUCCUGAUCUCCAACUAACAGUACAAAUCGGUGCCCACACGGAUCGCCUACAGCUGGUUCAGGACAAUUACAAAUUGGAGCGGCAUCCGAGGAUCGUAAACUCACGAUCUUGGAGUCCCCGAUUGGUGCAGCCGACGGAUGACGGUCCUAUGAUCAAGCCAGCUACAGUUGGUAACCGCGUUCAAGUGGCUUCGGUUUAUGGCGGGAUUGUUUAUCUCACAAUCGAUGGUGGGGCUGGGAAAUCGCCCCUGACGGCCAUAACCUUCAAUGCGAUCGGUGGGGUCCCCAUUCCAUUUUACUGCCACAUGAAGGAAAGAAGGGCCCAGGAUACUAGCGAUCCACUGUAUGGGGUGUUUCAUCAAAAUACUGACUCCUAUCCGUUCUGGUCUGCGACUUGGGAACAGAGAACCGCAUCUUUUGUAGACGCCCCCUGGACGGAUUUGGAAGGCCGAUAUGUUGCAUUUACGGUUCCGACCGCCAUGGCUCAGAGACUGUCACAGACCGAGCUGCAUCAAUUAAUGGACUUUUGGGAUACAGUAGUGUUCAAUGAAUUAUCUCUUGCGGACACACUGACCGACUUUGAAUACCAGCCAGAGCGUCUGGCUUGCGACAAGCAGAUUUCUGCCGGAUACAUGCAUAGUGGUUAUCCUGUGAUGUGCUUUACAGACAUCGUGACACCACCGACCGGGAAAAGGUUACCACGAUUACUGGAUUUACCGAGGUUGAGAAAGGAACCCAUGUGGGGCGUAUAUCACGAGUUCGGCCACAAUAGGCAAGUCGGCAAAUGGACAUGGCAGGGCAUGACAGAGGUUACUGUAAAUAUCUUUUCUCUCUACAACUGUCGCCUUAUGAAUGGUUUCAAAGUGUAUGACGUUCCCUGGUGGAAAGAUCACAAAAAUGACAUGGUCAAAUUUCUCAGAAAGUCAUCGGGGACAUACAGUGACUACCUUAAUGAUGUUGGAGUAGCUCUUGGGGCAUUUGGAGUAUUUGCGGAGAGUAUUGGUAACUGGGAUAUUGUAAGACAAGUUUUCCAAGCCUACAAGAGUGACUCGGUAAAGCCGGCGUCGAACGACGACAAGAUCAACGAAUGGAUCAAGCAAACUAGCAUGGCCGUUAACCAGGAUCUUAGACCGUACUAUCAGCAGUGGCGUUGGCCAGUUAAUAAUAAUGUAUCGCAACACACCAAAGUCCAUCCCUCCACUAAUGUACCGUUCCGCCUUAGUAUCUGA